AUGGCGCUCCGCGAGUUCAAGGCGCCCGUCAACUAUGAGACGCAGCAAAAGGCGUUUGAGGACUUUCUGACGGGCUUCAAGACGUCGCCCGAGCACACAAUCGCCACUGCCCUGGGCAACGUCACCAUCGACGACGAUGACCUCAGUGACGACGACUUCAUGGACGAGGACCAAGAGUCGGUAGAGCGUCGUCGCCAGGAGAAGGAGCGCCGGAGAGUGCCGCACCAUAAAUACAAGGAGGCACUGCAAGAACUGGCAGACCGCACCGUCAACGAGAUCGUCAUUGAUCUGGAUGACCUGCACUCGUGGGAAGAGCAAACGGGCGACAGCCUCAAGCUCAUUGACUCGAUUGAGGCCAAUACCAAGCAUUACGUCGACAUCGUUUCCAGAGCUGUCGACAGCGCGAUGCCCCCGCCAAAUACGGAAACCAGCUUCAAAGACGACGUUCUCGACGUGCUGAUGGCGCGACGCGAGGCUCGCAACCGAGAGCUCCAGGAGGCGGCCGAGCGAGACCCCACGGCCGAGCAAGACAAGUUCCCUGCCGAGCUCACGCGGCGAUAUACCCUCGUCUUCAAGCCUCGCUCCGGCACCUCGGACCACCCGACCAAGGCCCUCGCCGUUCGCCAGGUCCGCGGUGAUCACAUCGGGAAACUCAUCACCGUCCGAGCCAUCGCGACUCGCGUGUCGGACGUCAAGCCCAUUGUCCAAGUCAGCGCCUAUACCUGCGAUCGCUGUGGGUGUGAGAUUUUCCAGCCCAUCAGCGACAGGCAGUACGGACCAUUGGCAGUGUGCCCGUCGGAGGACUGCAAGAAGAACCAGUCCAAGGGCCAGCUGAACCCGUCGACGCGAGCAUCCAAGUUUCUGCCCUUCCAAGAGGUCAAGGUGCAAGAAAUGGCGGAGCAGGUCCCCAUUGGCCAGAUUCCCCGUUCUCUCACAGUCCUCUGCUACGGCAGCCUUGUUCGCAAGAUCAACCCGGGAGAUGUCAUCGACAUUGCCGGCAUCUUCCUGCCCACGCCCUACACCGGCUUCAAGGCCAUGAAAGCUGGCCUCCUGACCGAUACCUAUGUCGAAGCGCAUCACAUCCACCAACAUAAAAAGGCCUACAGCGAAAUGAUUGUCGAUGCUCGGCUGGUUCGGCGGAUUGACAAGUACAGGCAGACCGGGCAGGUCUACGAGCUCCUAGCCAAGUCAAUCGCGCCCGAAAUCUUCGGCCACCUCGACGUCAAGAAGGCACUUCUGCUACUGCUCAUUGGCGGUGUCAACAAGGAAAUGGGCGACGGCAUGAAGAUUCGUGGCGACAUCAACAUCUGCUUGAUGGGUGAUCCCGGUGUUGCCAAGUCGCAGCUGCUCAAGUACAUCUCAAAAGUCGCUCCUCGAGGCGUCUACACGUCCGGUCGCGGAAGCAGUGGUGUCGGCCUAACUGCUGCCGUCAUGCGUGAUCCCGUCACCGACGAGAUGGUGCUCGAAGGCGGUGCUCUCGUCCUGGCUGACAACGGCAUCUGCUGCAUUGACGAAUUCGACAAGAUGGACGAAAAUGACCGCACUGCCAUUCACGAAGUCAUGGAGCAGCAGACCAUUUCCAUCUCCAAGGCUGGCAUCUCCACGACUCUCAACGCGCGCACCUCGAUCCUCGCCGCCGCCAAUCCCGUGUACGGACGGUAUAACCCGCGGAUCUCUCCGGUCGAAAACAUUAACCUGCCUGCUGCUCUCCUGUCGCGUUUCGAUGUUCUCUUCCUCCUCCUCGAUACCCCUUCGCGCGACUCCGACGCGCAACUCGCCAAGCACGUCGCAUUCGUCCACAUGAACAGCCGUCAUCCCGAUCUCGGCGGCGACGACGUCGUCUUCAGCCCCCACGAGGUGCGCUCCUACGUGGCGCAGGCUCGCACGUACCGGCCGGUGGUGCCCGAGUCCGUCUCCGACUACAUGAUCAAGACGUACGUGCGUCUGCGCGACCAGCAAAAACGUGCCGAGCAAAAGGGAAAGCAGUUUACGCACACGACCCCCCGUACGCUCCUAGGCGUCGUUCGCCUGGCCCAGGCCCUUGCGCGCCUCCGCUUCAGCAACCAAGUUUCGCAGGACGACGUCGACGAGGCGCUGCGGCUCAUCGAGGCUAGCAAGGAAAGCCUCAACGCCGAGAUGGGCUCCUCCCGCCGCGGUCUCAAUGCUAGCAGCCGCAUUUACAAUCUGGUCAAGGCCGUUGCCGACUCGGGUGCCUGCCGUGCAGACGAUGCCGAAGAUGACGACGACCUGGGCGUGGAGCUGAGCAUGCGAAAGGUCAAGGAGCGCGUUAUCGCCAAGGGCUUCACUGAGGACCAGUGGAUGAGCGCCUUGGAAGAGUACACGACCCUCGACAUUUGGCAAACGGCCGGUAACGGUUCGCGGCUGGUAUUUGUUACAGCCGGCAACGACGAUCGGGAGGAUGAGAUGGACGAGUGA